CUACAAAAGAAUCUAUUAUGUCGCGUCGGUAUUCCAAGGGAAGCAAGCCGUUGAUUAGGUGCGACUUUGGAAAGUCGUCUCUAGCUACUUCCCGAUCGGUUCUGUCUCCGCCUUCCCUAUGGCUGCUAAUUCAUAGCUUCCUCCUCAUGGCCGCUUCCGACGAGAUUGGACAGCCGCUGCAAUUCGACGUCGAACACACUAUAUUUGUUGCGGUGGGAACGGAUGUCCACGACUCCGAAACGACUCUGAUUUGGGCUGUGCAGAACUUCGCUGGGAAGAAAUUUUGUGUGCUUCACGUUCAUCAGCCUGCCCAUCUUGUUGUUGCUCAGAAAAAUGAAGAGCCGUCUUCCAAUACACCAAAAGAACAUGUAGCAAAGGCAUUUGAGGAACCUGAAAAGCAAAAGCCUUCAGAACUUCUUAAUCAAUAUGUUUUCAUUCUUGCCAAACUGGGGGUACAAGCGCGAAAAGUAUGGACCGAGACGAACAGCGUUGAGAAGGGGAUUGUUGAAAUUAUUGCUCAGUACAGUAUUAAAUGGCUAGUCAUGGGUUUAGACGCAGAAAGAUACAAUCUCAAGACGUCCAAGAUAGCUUUCUAUGUAUGCCAACAAGCACCCAUAUGCUGCCACAUUUGGCUUGUCUGCAGAGGGCGCCUUAUAUUCUCAAGGGAGGGCAGAAUAGGAAGAUUCAAUCCAUCGCUGCGACAAACUUCGGAAAUAGGACUGGACCAAUCUAACCAUCUGAGACUGGACUUUGUAGAUGCUCAACAAAAGGAGUAUGCAUCUGAUAGAUCUCAAGGUCUGGUGGAUCCAAAACAUUCCAAUAAUGAAGCCAUUGGUACUUCAAGAACAAGACUAUUGUUAAGGAAUGAGGUUCAUUCAUUAGAAAGCUCACGUGUGGAGGAGGUAAAAAAAAGAAAGAUGAUGGAAGAAAUUUUAGAGACAGGUAAAAAACUAGCAGAACAGAUGAACAAAAAGCGUGACAAGCUCUCGAAAGAACUAUACGAUGUCGAAGAGCAGAAAUUAUUUCUUGAAAGAAAAGCUUCAGAGUACCGUUGUGAAGUGAAGGAGUUGGAGAAGAAAAUGUUUGAUGCUGUUGGCCUCUUGGUAAGCUUCAAGGAAAAACGAGAUAAGUUGCAGAUAGAACAUGAAGAAGCAAAGAACAAGCUUAGACUGCUGAAGAACAUGCUUAAAAUGGAACCUACAUGCUUUCACAGCGUAGAAAUGCCUACAUUCUCCUUCAUGGAGAUAAUUGAGGCCACCAGAAACUUUGACCCUUCCUGGAAGAUUGGUGAGGGAAGACAUGGUAGUGUUUAUAAAGGCCACCUUCGCCACGUGGAUGUUGCUCUAAAAAUGUUGCCUUCGUACGGUUCUCAUUCACAAUCGACGUUCCAAUACGAGAUUGAAGUUUUGAGUAGGGUAAGGCAUCCAAACCUGGUUACAAUUAUUGGUGCAUGUCCAGAAUCUAGGUUGAUAGUCUAUGAGAAUUUGAAAAAUGGCAGCUUGGAAGAACACCUAUCGUGCAAAGAUCGAUAUCGCCCGCUUCCAUGGCAGAUACGGAUUCGGGUUGCUGCUGAUAUCUGCUCAGCUCUUAUAUUUCUCCAUUACAACGAGCCUUGCAUUGUCCAUGGAGAUAUAAAACCAAGCAAAAUCCUCCUUGAUGCCAAUUUUGUUGCCAAACUAGGUGGCUUGGGCAUCUCUCGCUUGAUCCCACGAGAAUGUCUUGAGAUUGGAAGGUUCACUCCAGAAUCAGACGUUUACUCUCUUGGUGUUACUUUCCUGCGAAUGCUAACUGGCAGAGCAGCUUCGGGAAUUGUAAAGGAUGUAAAACGUGCUUUAGAAAAUGAUAAGAUUGGUGCCGUUUUGGACUCAUCAGCUGGAGAUUGGCCUCGUGAUCUAGCAGAACAAUUGGCUCUUGUUGCUUUGAGAUGCUGUGCGAAGGAAAAGUCGGAUCGGCCUGACCUUGUCUCGGAAUUAUGUAGUGUUUUGGAACCUAUGAGAUCCAUUGCCUCGGCAACGUUUUCAGGUUCGAAGCAACACUCUCGAGUGCCUGCCCAUUUCACAUGUCCUAUUUUUCAGGAAAUGAUGAAAGAUCCACUCAUUGCUGCAGAUGGAUUCACAUACGAAGCUGAUGCAAUAAAAGGAUGGUUCAAAAGUGGGCAUGACACUUCUCCCAUGACAAAUCUUAAACUUGAACACUGUAAUCUUGUGCCAAAUUAUGCUCUUUUGAAUGCAAUUCAAGAAUGGCAGCAGCAGCUAUGACAUAUGUGUGAUAUCAUGAGGAAAUUCUCAUUACUAAUCCAACAAAAUCAUUAUAUCCAAUGUCUAGAAACUGAUUAAGUUUCAAGGCAUUGACAAAAUCAUUCUAAUAGAUUUUCUAC